UUGAGCUUUGUAUAUUAAGAAACAACUCACAACUCCCAAUCUCUCGUUAGUAACCUCAAUGUCUUCCUCAUCUUCAUCGUCCAAAACUGAUGUAUUCUUUAGUUUCUGCAGCGAAGAAGACCCAUCCAAAGCUUUUGUCUCUGAUCUCGGCCAUCUGUUGGAACAAAAAGACAUAACCACUAAUUUCAACGAUGAUGCGUUCCUCACAGAGGAGUCAAAACUCGUGGUUGUUGUAGUCUCACAGGGCUAUCCAGUCUCUGUUUUGUGCCUGAACCAGCUAGAGAAGAUCUUAAAGCCUCAAAACGAAGGUCCACUGUCCAUCCUUCCUAUUUUCUAUGGAGUUGAUCCUUCUGAUGUUAGAAAACAGACUGGAGAGCUCGAGGAACCAUUUAGAAAGCUUCGAGAAGAGUAUCCAGAUGACAUAAUUCAAACAUGGAGGAAUAUUCUCAUAAAACUCACCACCAUACCUGCUCUGGAUUCACGAUAUUGGAGCAACGAAGCGGACAUGAUUGAGUUAAUUGCAAAUGAAAUCGUGAGUAUUGUGUCGGAUAAAAAGCCAGUAGCAGCCAACAGUGUAGGACUGGUCGGUCUGGAUCGUCAGAUGCAAACGCUCUACAAACUGUUGGAUUUCAAAGCUACCGAAGAAGUUCGUUUGAUAGGAAUUUGGGGUCCAGGAGGCAUUGGCAAGACGACACUAGCAAGGUACGCUUAUGAAGAAGUACGUAGCAACUUCCAAGUUCAUGUAUUUGUAGACAAGGCCGAGAAGAUUUAUCACCAUGGCCAGGAUCUAUUAGAGUUAUUAACAAAAGAUACUCAGACGGGAACACAAACUACGAUAAGGGGUUUAGAUGUGGGGAUGGAUAAGAUCAAAUCAACAUUUGGACACCGAAAAGGUCUGAUUGUGAUUGAUUGCGUUGAUAACAUCAAACAGGUAAAGGACAUAGUAUACCUUGCUCACUGGUUUAUUCCAGGAAGUAGAGUGAUCUUUGUUACACAGGACAGGAAUCUGUUGGUUGAGUCUGGUGUGGAGCAUGAUUACGAAGUUCAGUCUCUGAGAUACGACGAAGCUCUCCAACUUUUUUCUCAAUCUGCUUUCGACCAGCAACACCCUCCCACUAGUUUUGAAACACUCUCUCUUCGUGCUGUCCAUAUAUCAGGUUUCCUUCCUCUGACACUUAAAAUCCUCGGGUCUUGUCUACGAGGCAAGGAUGAAGCGGGUUGGGAGAAGGAACUGCAACAACUGGAAGGAGACCAAGAGAAAGCUAUUAUGGAGAUUACCAAAAGAAGAUACACAAGAGCAGGCAAAAAAGAAGAAGAUAAAGAGACAAUCCCAUCAUUUGUUUUCUUGAGUGAUGAAUAAGUGAAUCUCUCAACCAAAAAAAAAAAAAACUGUAAAACUGAGUCUCCAAAGGCUUUGCAAAUGUCAACAAGUCGUAGUUCCAUUGUCAUUAUGUAUGAUAUGACUUUAUCACUAUGGUCUAUGAACAUUGGUCUAAUGAGGUUUAUCUGUA